CCUAGUAACCUUUCACAAACAGGUUCUUGAAAAUCAUGGAAAACCCAAGAAUUUUUUCACAAAACAUUCCAAAAGACAUCGUGCAUGACGUGCUAAAAAGACUCCCCGUCAAAUCUCUACAGCGAUUUAAGUCCGUAUGCAAAACAUGGUGUUCUUUGAUUUCAAGUUCUGAGUUUGCCAAAGCACGCUAUGACAGAGCCAACGAGCCUAACAACAACAUGACCCUUUGGAGAUGCGGCUGCAUUGAGCAACGCGAAGAUAUAAAUUCUGGCGUCUUCUCCGCCUGGCUUAAUGUCAUAGAUUACAAUGGCUUCAUGCUUGAAGCGAAAUCUCUCGACUCGUUUAUUGUUGGAAGAGAAACCCCAGAGAUCUUGGGCUCUUGCAACAAUUUGUUACUUGUUUAUUGUUGUUUUUAUCUUUAUCUGUGGAACCCAUCUUCUGGUACACAUGAUAUGUUUGAAUUAGACUAUGAUAGUACGGAUUAUUCUUGUGGUGUACUCAUGUGUGGACUUGGUUAUGAUUCUUCCUCUGAUGAUUACAAGGCUGUGUUGGUAUCUCAUACAGAAAGUCCACCAGGCUCACCCAACAUUAUACUUUAGAAUCUUUUUCCAUCUCUACCUACUCUUUCAGGACCAAUACUUUGAAAGAAAUUGAUGACAAUGAAUUUCCUUACAAUUUUGAUUCUGACACACAAGGGGUUACUUUGAAUGGAGCUCCCCAUUGGGUUCUUCGCCGUGAAGAAUAUAAUACGGAAGUCAAUUAUAACUCUAUAGCAAUGGUACUGGUUUAUUUUGAUCCGGCUAAAGAACACUUUUAUGAGUUGCCAUUACCAUGCAUGUUAGAUAAGCAUUAUGAGUUUGAGCUGGGGGUUUUAAGUGGA